AGGUCUGCGAUUUGUUUUGUGUACAUCUUCCCUUUUCUAGGGUACAUAAACUAAACGCCAUAAACUAUUCUUACUUGCCCAACUGGGAUAAAAAUUGUUUUAUGGUUCUGAUACAUAACGUGCCCAUGACACUGCAUUGCAUACUUUUUGCAUUUUGUGAACAAGGAAUUUUGCAUAACUUCUGGCGUAAUCCAAAAUAUAUGGGAGGCACCGGGCAGGAGUAGAAAGCACAUUACCGAUAGUGACCACUGGCCGGCAACUGCGGUAACUGGAAGUACACUACCUAGAUUUGCUGCUACGGUAUUUCUACUCGUACAGUAUGCUACCGUAUGCAGACUGCAGAGCACCAUGUCGCCGCAGUGACGUAGUCCCUUCGACCGUUGCACUAGUACUGCGGUUGCAGCCGGAAGUGUUAAGCGAUCUCACGUAAACGGCGUCCACAGGCGGUCAAUGUUCCUGUUGAAGGAUAAGAUUUUAAUUGGACAGAUAAUACCGUUUAAGUUAUUUGAGACGAUAGUUAUUCGAGAUCCGGUAUGGAGGACUUUGCAAAUCAGACGCUUCAUCUGAUUUGGGAUCUCGUCCGGCGAUUGGGUUCCGAUGCGGAGAAGCCAACGCUGGAUGCAAUGGCGCUGGUGAUGAUUGCGGUGGGGCUGGUAACUUACGUCGCUUUACAACUUCUCCCAGCACCAUACGGAAGGUAUAGCAGUCCUUCGUAUGGAUUACUAGUCCCUGCGAGGAUCGCAUGGGUCGUGCAAGAAUGCCCAGCCUUUUUCGUGCCACUGUAUGUGUGGCUCUACAUGGACAACGGAGCACCUGCUCUGGCUAACAAGAUUCUGGCGGGACUCUUCAUGUUGCAUUAUUUCCAGCGGACAUUUUUUUAUUCGUUCCUGAUUCGUGGCGGCAAGCCGACACCACUCGCUCCCUUUCUCAUGGCGUUUGUUUUUUGCACGUAUAACGGCUACAUGCAAGCACGCAGCAUCCUGAAAUUCCGUGGACCAAUCCCGGAUGUGGCGGAUCCUGUGUUUCUGCUGGGAGUGGCACUCUUCGUCGUCGGAUUGUUAAUCAACAUCCAGUCGGAUCACAUUCUGCGUAAUCUGCGAUCCGAUGGAUCCAAAGCCUACAAGAUCCCGUACGGUGGCAUGUUCGACUACAUUACGGCGGCCAAUUUUUUCGGGGAAAUUGUGGAAUGGUGGGGCUUUGCGUUGGCCGCUUGGCAGUUGCAGGGAUUUGCAUUCGCUAUAUUUACCAUGGCUAACCUUGUGCCGCGGGGUCUCAGUCAUCAUGCAUGGUAUCUAAACAAGUUUAGAGGCGAAUAUCCGGUCGAUCGAUAUGCGGUACUGCCUCCCCUUGUUUGAACAUACCGUAUCGGUUUACGGAGUAAUUACUGGCGAUCUCCGCGGCUGAGUCAGCGUUUGCAGCGAACGGUACCACCCAGGUUUUGCAUUUAUGGUCUAUUUAUUUUAAUUGGUUAUUUUUCUUUUAUCGAUUUUAGUAAAAGCGGUAUUGUGUCGUGUUUUUUUACGGUGAUUACAGCAUCAGCACUGGUAUAAUACUGCUGGAAUCGCCAUUUGUAAAUUACGGAUUGAAUUGGGUACUUCUAAAAUGUUUAAUAAAAGCACUGCUGCUCGA